AAACGACUCAGCAGGAAAGCCAGAAGUUUGAAGAGCUGAAGCUCGACGUUUCCCCCGGAGGAAUAAAAGAUGGCUGUGAGUCUGAAGGACUGCUUUCGCACCGUUUUCGAGCAGCAGCUCUGCAGCGGUCGGCCCGUACCAGAGGAGGACCUCCGCACUGGAGCCACGCGCCUGCUGGACAAACGCCGAGAGAUAAAGCACACGGACGCUGCUCUGAGGACUCAGCGAGAGGAGUUUGAGGUGAAGAAAGAGAGUCUGAGGCAGAGGAGAGAAGAGCUGAAGAUAAAAGAAGAAAAACUCAAAGACUCUUUACUGAAGUUUGACAAGUACCUCAAAGAGAACGAUGCUAAGAAGACGCGGGGUCUGAAGAAGGCCGAGGCAGAGAGAGCUGUAGUGAGAGAGAGAGAGCGGGAAGAGCGGCAGUUACAGAGAAACAUCGCCGCCCUGCUGGCCAAGAAAGAGCAGCUGCAGGGGCGAGUCAACCGCAACAGAGUCUACUGCAGCUUCUUAGAUGACGUCCUCAAGGCCUCGAAAAAGUUUGAGGAUGUCGGGCAGCUGAUUGGCCGCUUCGACGCGCUGGUUUGUACGCGGGAGCAGCUGCUGAAGCGGCAGAGCGAGGUGGAGAGUGAGAGGGAGACGGAGGGUGUGGAGCUGAGGAGGUACGUCAGUGAGAGAGGAUCGGCGUUACUGCACUACAACAACGGACUCUCACAGCUCCAGACUGAACUGGACACCAUCCUCUCUCAGGCCCUCAGAUGGGAAUCCGCAUGGAAUCACAUCCAGGCGACGGCUGCCAAAGAGACGCUUCUGUUGGGCCAGAUAAAAGUUGUGACCCUGAAUCUUUAUCACUUGACUGGCGUCGUCGCAGGAGGAGCUGAAGGGGUCGAUGUUGAUGACACUCUGGAGCAGCUGGACAAGAUCCAGCUGUAUAUCCAGGAUCGGGCAGAUAUCGUUCGUGAUCUCAGGUCAGACACUGAUAACAGAUCCACCAGUGACCACGAGUGAAGCUCCUCGAGGCUUCCUAAGACUCAUCAUAUGGAGACUUUUACAGGGGAUUCAUAUUUUUGUGUUCAUAUUAAGAUAAACGUUUGAUCCUCCUGGGCCGCCGUACGUUCAUCACUCACUCGGACUCAUUCAGCUCAGUGGAGCUUUACAGCAUCACUUUCAGACAGUUAAACCUGAAUCGACUGAAGUCUGAAGUGACGUCGGCAGACAGUACAAUCUGGAAAAUUGUCAUGCGCUGAAAUGCAAAUUCCUGGCUGAAAGCGAAAUUUAACACGUACAACGCAACUUGUGAUUUUUUUAAGUGUAAAUAAGUGAUGAGCAAUUCCUGUUUACUGUGUGUGUUUAACACGUGGGGGGGGCAUGAAGUAUAAAAGGUGCCAUAACUUUUUCACAGGCCACUUUAUGUUACGUUUUUUUCCCAUGUGAGAAAUUCCGCAAAUAACAGUAUGCAUGGUCCAUGGUCCUGGCCCAGAAAAAGAUGGCAAGCUUGCUCCAGGUGAGGGAAGAAGACCUGCCCCCGGAGGGGGAGUGUAAGUAUCUUGGGGUCUUGUUCACAAGUGAUGGGAAGAGGGAUCGUGAGACAUUGGGGGAGCCAUAAGGGGAAGCUCUGUUUACUGGUCAGUCUACAUCCUGACCCCCACCUGUGGUCAUGAGCUGUGGGUAAUGACCGAAAGAACAAGAUCGCGAAUACAAGCGGCGGAAAUGAGCCUCUCCACAGGGUGGUGGGCCACACUCUACUGACAGGUGGAGGAGCUCGGCCAUUUGGGAGAGCAGAGCUGUUACUCCUCCUCAGUGAGCCAGUUGAGGUGGUUCGUGCAUCCGAUCAGGAUGCCCUCUGGACGCCUCCUGAUUGCGGUUUAACAGGCUUGGCCUACUGGGACGAGACCCUUGGAGGGAUUAUAUCUCCAAGUUGGGCUGGAAGCGGCUCGGGCUCCGCUGGAAUGAGCUGGGAGA